AUGAAAUGUCAAAAUUUCUUUUCUGUUAAAUUUUUGUUUCGACUUUUUUUAAUUUUUGUGUUCCUUACAAAAUUUUCAACUUCUUGUUGCUGUGAUUGUUGUUGUGGUUGCUGUUGUUGUGAUUGUGGAUGUUGUUGUGGAUGUGGCUGUUGUGGGGGAGGAGGAGGUGGAUGUUGUCGAGGAAAUAAUAAUCAAUUGGCGGGUCUACUUGGUCAAUUAUCUCUUGGAUCACAACAACCUCAACCACCUAUCCAAGAACAGGCAGCUUCUUCCGUUUUGGGCCCAGAUUUGUUGCCAGAUGGAUCUACUGAUAGAGGAAACAAUCAAAGAAUAUCAGAAACAGAAAAUAUUUUUGGCAAUAAUGAUCAAUUUAAAAAAAGAAAACGAAGAAGAAAAAGAGGAAUAGUUGGAAGAAUUGAAUAUAGUAAAGGAGAUAAACUUUUAAAUAUUUUUGAAUGUCUUUUUAAAAGUUUAAGAGGAGAAAGAGAAAAAAGACAAAUGAUAACAAUGCCUUAUUUAUCUUCAACAAAAAUUCCAUCAAAAUAUUUGCCUUCAGAUUGGUCACCCGAUAAUAUAAAAACUAAUGAAGCACAGACUUCUAUUGGCCCUGGACUUUUGCCCGAUGGGUCAAUAAGUCAACAAUACUCUAAUCAAAAUAAAAAUUUAAUGGGAAACGAUAAUAGUGAUGAUUAUUUUGGGGGAAAUGAAUUUUUUGGGGGAAAUUCCCAAAAUAAUAAUUGGCAAUUAAAAAGAAGAAGAAGACGGCAACUUAAUUUUGAUGGACAAAAACCUUGGUUUGGAUGUUGGCCACCCGGAACAUUAUUUACUUGCCAAUUACUUUUGGCAAGAAGGAAGCGAAAUGAAAAUAAAAAUAUAUUUCAAUUGGGUCUGGUACCAUUAGAAAACAUUAAACAAAACAAUACAACAUUUCUUAAUUUUCUUCUUGGAAUUAUACCCGAAAAUAAAGAAAAAAGUUGGAGAAUAAAUAGAAGGAAAAAGAGAAAUAAUAAUUUUUCGGCUACAAAAGAUGGUGGAGAAUUUGAAAUUCAAAAAAGAAUAUUUUUGUUUCCGGAAAAUUUUUUGGAUAUUAAAAAAGAAGAGAAUAAUAAAAGAUUUAAAAAACGAUUAUUUUAUAAAACAAUUAUUUCAAAUCCAGAAAGAGAACAGGAAAAGACUGAAUUUGGUUGUGAUUAA